AUGAUUUCGGCGAUCGUGGUGUGGGGGUUGGUUCUGAUUGGUCGGAACGACGGAGCAGCCCCGUCAGGGACGCAGACUAUGACCAAGAUGAGAGUCGCGGAUCUCGAGAGGUCGGCCACUGGAUACGUGUAUAGCCAGCAACAGGGUAUUCCGGUUUACUACAUGCGAUACACCAAUCACGGAAGCGGACGCUACUAUCAUGCACCGGACACCGUGCACUACGUCGUCGACGCCGUUGCACCUGUUGCACACGUUGCUCCUGCAACGAUGCCGCCGCUCCUGAUCCCCUAUGCGUCCUCUGUGGAUGUUUCGCAAGCUGAGAAACAGACUCGCCAAGAGACUACCGAUGAUUACGGGGACCAACGAUCGGUCCAGCACGCCGAUGUGCCCGUCACUGAAAAUAUUCCUGCCAAAGAGCUCCUUCGUUUUCAUCCUCGUACGGACGAUGGAACGCGUAAUGCAUUCGAGGAAGAGCACGAUGACAGCUACGAUAGCGUCGAACAGGAGGAUGAAAUUCCCGAGCAAGGCGAGCAGAGCGAGCACGAUGACAACGAAGAAAUUCAUGAUGUAGAUCAUUCGACAAAGAUGAACGUUGGUGGUAGUUACGAUGGGUCCUCCGAAGCUGGAGACGGUGAGUACUCUCGGCACGGGGAGAAGGCUGCCAAGGGUUAUAAAAAGCUCGAAGAAUUUGAGAAAGGCGAACGUGGUAUUGAUAGUAACGAAAACCAGAAAGGAUACUAUAGUAACAGCGGUGAACAUGACGAGGGACACGUUGACGAGGCAGAAACGUAUGGUUCCCACGAGGAAGCAGAGAAUGACCAAGAAGGAAGUGAUUAUGGACGCUCGUCGUAUCGUAACAAGGGACACAAAACCAACGGUUUUCACAAUGUCUAUUGCAAAGACGAGUACAAGAAGAAGACGGAUUUCUACGACGAUGAUCAUAAAAAGGGUUUCUCCGACAAGUACGAGAAUUUCGAGAAGGAUUACAAAGCAGACGAAGGUAAUAGUAAGAAAGGUGGUCGUCGCUCUUCAGGAAACGAUCGCCAGGAUCGCGGCAAGAAAGGAUACUACGUUAAAGGACAUCGAGAGAGUCAGGAUCAGGGUCACGCGAACGAAGAAGCUGAAAAAUCGUAUCGCGCGGAUCGCGAGAAUUACAGUGUCGAUGAAAGUUCAAAUUCGAACCAAGUACAAAAGUUUGAAAAUGAUUCCGGUCAUCGUUGA